AGAAACAGACGGAGACACUAGAAGAAUAUAGGAAAACGCCUAACCUUUAGGACGUCAGUCAGUUCGACUUGAUUCAGGCUUUGGAGCCGGGCUGGUUGCUGGUUCUCAAUCUCAUUCGAGUUUAUUACGAGUUUAUUUAUUAUUUUGCAGUUUGACUAUGCAUUGUUUACAAUAUAUUUAUUAUGAAAUCAAAUGACGCACUCGAGUUUACUACCAAGACAUUCCUUGUUCUGGAUUUCGGCGAUUCGUUCACUGCGGCAGUGAAGAAACGUUGUAUUGGGGUUUCGGCAACUGGCAACGAGGAAGUAGAGUAAAUGGACAAUCCUAGUUUCAUGUGUUGCAGUGCGUGGUGCAUCGAUCCGUUAUUUCUUUUUCGCCUUUUUCGCCUUUUUCGCGCCUUUCGCUUCUCUUACCCUCAUAAAUCAGACAUCAAAUUUAUUCGGAAACGUCACGUGGCCUCAUUAUUUAAAUCAACUUGAAGAAGCGGUGGACAGCAGAAACAAUCGGGAGGGAAAGUUUUUCUUGAAAGCAAACACUGACAGAGUUGGCGAGGAACUUGGAUCUGGGGAUAACAUCAUGGACUCACAACAACAAUUUUGCCUUAAAUGGAACAGUUUUGGCAAUAACUUGGCAACGGCAUUCUCAAAUCUCUUCAAAAGUGAAAGCUUGACAGAUGUCACUCUUUUUUGUGAAGGAAUUACAUUUAAGGCACACAAAUUGAUCCUAGCUGCCUGCAGUAAGCAUUUUCAAGAACUGUUCGAGAGCAUGCCGCCUUCUCCAGCAGGACUGAUCGUGAUACUGGAUGGCACGAGUGCUCAAAAUAUGUCAUCUCUUCUUGAGUUUAUGUAUCGAGGAGAAGUCCACGUAUCCCAAGAGUCUCUAAGUUCGUUUUUGAAGGCCGCCGAGUGUUUGCAAGUAAAGGGACUCUCGAUUGAGCAUGAGAAACUAGCUGUGGCCCAGAGGCACGUCGCAGACAACAAUAAUUCCUCAGUGACACACACUGACGCUAAAAUGACACAAGUAGUUGAAACGCCUGAAUCAGGACUUUCCCGAAGAAUUAAGAGAACACUUACACCCACACCAUCACCUACUUUAAAUAGUUAUUCUUUGUCAAAUUCUUACUCUCCAGCCAAUUAUUACGAGGGCUCUCAAAAAAGGUUAACAAGGUCUCCUAACGAAAUUGAUAGCUUGGGCAGAGCUAGCGUUCUACGAGAUGGAGCUGCGUUCCGUCCCGCAUCUGCACCGCACACUCUUUUACUAGAAAAUCAGCAAUAUCAUUCAUUUUCACACUCUUCAGAUACUCUCGUACACCCACACACUGCACCUCACACUCCAACGGAAUCAGAGAGAGAACUAGAGAGAAAUCGAUCUGAGAAGCAAGGAAACGAGGAGCACCGGGAAAAUGUUGCUGAAGACCUUCGAGUGAAGCAAGAGCCGAUGUCAAUAAUUGACAGAGAGAAGGACGACAAAAUAAUCGACAGACUAACUAAUGAAGUGUACUCUGGGAGAGGAUUUGAAAUCGGAAGCUACAACACUACAGCGGAUCACUUACAGCACGGAGUGCAACUUGGCCCCAGCAUGGCCAGUCUUCCUCCCGUUCAUCCACCGACACCCGACCUCAGUCCUGUACCACCGACACCUGCCAUGUGGAACUCAAAAAUAAACAAAGUUGGCACAGUUUCUACACCUGAUGGCAAGAAACUAAAGUGCCCCUUUUGUGAGAGACUUUACGGCUAUGAGACGAAUUUGCGAGCCCACAUAAGACAGCGCCAUCAGGGUAUUAGGGUUCCGUGUCCCUUUUGCACCAGGACCUUCACCAGGAACAAUACGGUGCGACGACACAUUGCUCGGGAGCACAAGACAGAGUUGAGUUUAAAGUCCUUCCAACAGGCGAACCACUCGGUAUCCGAUACUGUAUCUCAAUAGUAUCCAUUCAAACUGAAAGCGUAAUUAUUCGAACUGCAAAUCAUGAUGAAAAACGAUUACUAUAGGGACCUGCGAGUGUCGAAUUAGUCACCCCUCUUAAAACUAAAUAUAUGGCAUCCAAAACUGUUCUUACUUUCGUUAAAACCACAGAUUUUUAUGAGAACACGAAAACUGAAUGAGGCAUUGAAAAUGUCGCAGCUCAUGAGUAAAAUGUAACAAUGAGAAAGCAUCAAACACAAAACUAGUCAAUGAAAGUGCAACAGUGAAAUAUAAUUAUUACUACGUGUGCUAAACAAAUAAAUGGAAAUAAGCAGAUGCAUAUUUUAUAGUCUUAAACAAUGAAUGAAAGAGAAAAAGUAUGCGUGCUGCCAGAUCUACAAGUUCACAGACAAAACUGCAAAUUAUCUCAGGUUAUAUUAUAGAUAUUAUAGGGCAAAUUUUGUAAACUGGAACUGCAACUGCAACUGAUGAAAGACCGUGUUACCAUUGAUAUAAGUGAAAUUUUUAUAAAAAGCAAAUCUAUAUAGCAAACAGAUGAUUGAGCACUCGAUUGCAAACACGAGCCGUUUGUAUUGUGGUGCCAAUCAGCCAAUACUCUCAAUACUGCUGUUCAAGUCUGAACCAAGAACCAAGAACCAAGAAUCAAGAAUCAAGCUAGUACUUGAAACUGAAAUAUAAUUUUAAGUUAUAACACGCACAGUGCCAAAAAAUAACAUGUCUUUAUAUCAAAGUGAUUUUAUACUUAUACCAGUAGUGAUUUUUUUAAAACUGUUUCUAUUUCUAUGCGAUAGUAAAUAUUAAGGAUGGCCAGACACCGAUGAUUAUUAUAUUUAUGCCAGGCUUAAAGGUUUUUAAAGAACGUGUACGUGCAACACUGCAACACUGCAACACUGCAACACUGCUUCCAACCACUUUCCGGGGCCUUCAGAGUCAUGAUACAUAGUCAUUUCCAUUUUAUUUAUAUCAACUUGUUGAAACAUUUAGACACUCUAGUUCCUACACGUUCUUUAAAAUGUUGUUGCCUAGAUGAGAUAUUACCAGGGUUGCGUUUGAAUUUUUUACGCCUAUUACGCUCACAUGCAUUUAAUCUAAUGAGGCUUCGAAUUACUUUGGUAAUUGCAAAACUUGAAUUACAUUUCCAAUUGUAAUAUUCGUAAAAAAAUGCCAACCCUGAACAUCAAUAUCAUUUUGUUACCUGUUUACAUUAUUUAGUACAAUGGACUUUUGUCCAUAGCAAUAGGUUCGCGAACAUGAAGAAGACGUCACAAAUAGGAAGUAGUUUAUGGUUAACUUGAUGGCCAUAAUUCUAUGAUAAACAGUGAUCAAUAACUUUAAUAAAAUGCUGCUAGUCAAGACACCUCCGAUAUUCUAUUGUUGCAGUAUUUACAAGUUUUACAAGUUUUUCUCAUUUUUUGUUACAGACGUUUAAAGAAUUAUUACACAACGAUAUACCUAUAGUUAGUUUGUUAAAGGCAAUAGAGCCGUCACAGGAUUAUUUAGUAUUUAAAAAUGUUUUUGUUUUAUUAACUUAAAGUGUUUAAUUGAAGAACCAGUAAAAAUAUUUAUUUUUAAAUUUUCUACAGAGUCCUGGACAUGACUCUAAAAUGUAUGUUCAUUUGUUAGAUCUUUUCUUUGAUUCUCUUUAAAGUUUGU